GAUGUCAGUGGAGCCUCAGUGUGUUCAGGAGUGUUCACAGAGAUCUUUAAACAGGAGCGAGGGAGGAAAACCAAGGACAAGAUGUUCAGCUUUGUUCAUGUGAGCGUUCAGGAGUUUCUGGCUGCUGUUCACAUGAUGCUCUGUUACACCAAUGGGAAGAUGGAGGAACUGGAGGAGUUUCUGAGGAAAGACGGAACAAAUAAAUAUCAUCAUUUUUCUUCUUUUUAUUAUUAUAACAAAGACUAUUCAUCUCUGGAUGUUGUCCUGAGUAGAACCAUGUUUAAAUCCCUCCUCAGUCCAAGUGGCCACCUGGACCUGUUUGUUCGCUUCCUUCAUGGCCUCUGUCUGGAGUCCAACCAGAGAAUCUUAGGAGGUUUGUUGGGUCACACAGAGAACAGGCCAGAAACCAUCCAGAGAAUCAUCAAGAACCUGAAGGAGAUGAACAGUGAUAGAAUCUGUCCAGACAGAAGCAUCAACAUCUUCCACUGUCUGAUGGAGAUGAACGACCACUCAGUCCAUCAGCAGAUCCAAGAGUUCCUGAAGUCAGAGAACAGAUCAAAGGAGGAACUCUCCUUGAUCCAGUGCUCAGCUCUGGCCUACAUGCUGCAGAUGUCAGAGGAGGUUCUGGAUGAGUUGGACCUGAACCAGUACAACACAUCAGUGGAGGGACGACAGAGACUGAUCCCAGCUGUGAGGAACUGCAGAAAGGCUCAACUCACUUUGGUUCUAAUUUCUGGCAUCUGGUGGAACUAACAGAGCUUCACACUUUGUGAUGGAUGUGACCAACUGAGCUACAGCUGCUUCAGCAUCAACAUUCAUGAAGUCAGUUUGUGUCACAGACACUUCACAUUUAUAGACUUUAUAUUUUCUGUCAUCACAGACUUUUUACCUGUGGACUCACAGAGACUCACUGUGAAGUUGUGGCCUCAGCUCUGAAGUCCAACCUGUCACAUCUGACACAU